GACAGAGAGGAGUGUCUUGUUGCAUUAGUGCUCCUGUGUAUGUGUAAGUGAACGCGUGUACCUGACUGACCCAGCGGAGAUUUCCUCCUCGUACAGGUAUAUUUUUGUGCGUCCUUACAUGCCCGCGUCAACCCCGUUAUAUUCUCCCCCCUGUGUACAUAUUGUGCAUAUAUAAACGUACCAACGUGCAUGUACAUACACACCUGUAUGUGUGUAGCCCCUUCCCGCUUGGCGCCCCGUCGGUCUGCCCCAUUUUAAACAAUUCGACAGUCUUUUAAAUAUUCACACGUCCAAAAAAAAAAAAAAAUGAACAUUAGCAGAGAGAACAGUAGUAAAGAGAACAACGGCAACGGCGCGAGCAGCAAGAAGGCUGCGAAGAACAGCGGAACAGCCAAAGGUAGUGACGAAAAAGUUAAGGACAGCGGAAGUGUAGGCGAGGAGAAGUGCGGCGAGAGGAGUAACGGGUUGGAGCAGAAUCAAAAUGAGAAGAGCCAGGCCAAGUGCGUGGCAAGCGUGAAGAAGGAGGAGGAUGGCGGCACCAGUAAGGGUGAUGAGUUGAAGGCGGAGGAGGGAAACCAGGAUGAUAGUAAUCAGAAGGACGACAAGGAGGAGGACAAGAAAAAGAAAAAAAAAAAUAAUAAGCUUCCCAACGUGGAAAGCAUAGAUAAUGGCAGUGGCGCCGCGAGGAAGAAGGAGAGCCAAUGUGCGGAGGGAGGAAGCGUCGAAAAGGGAAAGGCCGAAGAGGGAAACAAUGCAUCUGUCGUCAUCACUAACGAUAACGUUAGCGGAGUUGGCGUUGGGGUUGGAAAGAGCGCCCCCGCCCAGGGCCACGGAAAAGGCGUGAAGGAGAAGAAGUUUGGGAACAAGCCGGACAAGGGCGACCCGUCUGGAAGUAGCGCCUACUACAACAGUUUCAAUGCGAAUAACGACUGGAGGAGUAGCAAAAAUAAUAGCAGCAACGGUGGUAACCAUGGCAGUAGCAACCACGGUGGUAACCUCGACGGGGCGAAGAACAACGGGGUGAUGUACCAGUACGCGAAAGGCAACAGCAUGAACGGUGAGCACCCAGCGAGUAGGGACAAGCAAAGUGAUUACAACAGUGCGGCGGCGAAGGAUCCGAAUAAAAAACGCAACUUUGUCAAAAGUGAUAGUAAGAACUUCGACGGGGGGUACGGCGGCAACGCGAAUAACGGAGGGGCGAACAACGGAGGGGCGAACCACGGCGGCGCGAACAACGGAAAUGUGGGUGGCUACCCCGGUAAGGCCAACUACAAGUACGACUACAAGAAUAGUAAGAAUGGCUACAACAUGAAGGGGGGGAAGAAUUACAAGGUGCCGCCCCCCAGCGCGCUCAGCAGCAAUGUUAGUGGCAACGGCAGCGGCAACGUCAGCGGCAAUGCCAGCGGUAAUUUUAAUGCCAAUUAUAAUGCCAGUUAUAAUGCCAAUUAUAAUACCAAUUAUAAUGCCAGUUAUAAUGCCAAUUUUAAUGCCAAUUUUAAUGCCAAUUAUAAUGCCAACUUUAGCGCCAAUUUCAGCGGCGUCGGCGGUAACAGUCACAACGGCAGCUCGCUGAACUACGACGGGUUCAACAACCACGGCAGCAGUAACAACCCCGGCGACGGCAUGGUGAUGGACCCCAUGAGUAACAUGGUGAUGUACAAUAAUAGUAAUUCUAAUUAUAAUUACCUGCCCAACUAUGGCUGCAAUUACCCCUAUAGUUAUUACGUGGACGAGAAUGACGGCAAGAGUGUGGAGGCAUCGAAUUAUUACUCGUCUAGCAAGGUGUACGGCGGGGCGGCGUCUUCCGGUGGGGGUGCCGCGACUGGCAGCAGCGCUGGAGUAGCGAGCGGCGGAGCUGCUAACGGCGGAGCUGCUAACGGUGGAGCUGCUAGCGGUGGAGCUGCUAGCGGUGGAGGUACGGGGGGAGGCGUCUCGGGGACAACCCCCCCCGCAGCCGCCUCCACUUCUGCAACCGCGUCCGCGGGAUCCUCCGCUGCCACCACGGGCGCAGUCGGACCGGACGGCUACAACAACGACGGCAACUACGACGCCCGCUUUAACUACAACAAUAUGGUGAACGACUUUUACAAUUAUCUCCCCUUCAAUUAUUAUUACUACAAUAUGAAUAGUAUGUACUUUGGCGGGUCGAACUAUAACGCCAAUGCGCACAGCCCCUACCAUGACGGCUUGAAAAACAGGAAGGGGAAGAAGUACCUGUAUGAGAAGAAUAAAAAGAAAAAUUACAAAAAUAUGACCUCUUCAAAUAUGUAUAGCGAAAUAAAGAACAGAGUCAUUGAGAUUUUUAGGAGGGAAAACAUAAUGACCGAUGAUUAUUUGCUGUACUUUAUGUAUAACAAUGUGAAGCUCAGCAUUGACGUGAUUGCCAAGCACCCGUAUAUCUCCCCCCUGGUUAGCAGCAACGCGCAGAACAACACGGCCAUUCUGGCCAACGUGCUGAACGAUUUGAAGUGCAUCAACUUGGGCAAGAAGGAGGGCUCCGGCGGGGACGCGGAUAAAGCGGUGGAAGAUAAAGCGGUGGCGGAUAAGGCGGUGGCGGAUAAGGCGGUGGCGGAUAAGGCGGUGGCGGAUAAGGCGGUGGCGGAUAAGGCGGUGGCGGAUAAGGCGGUGGCGGAUAAGGCGGUGGCGGAUAAGGCGGUGGCGGAUAAAGCGGUGGCAGAUAAAGCGGUGGCAGAUAAAGCGGUGGCAGAUCCGGAUGCCGCCGCGUUGCAGGGUGCCACUCCACAAGUUGUCACUACCAAUGGGAACGGAACCACCAAUGGUGCGGGGGUGAGCGACCCUUCGUCGGUGCAAGACGGAGAGGAGAAGCAGCAGCAGCGGGGAGGUGAACCCGAUAAAGGAGAAGAAGUUAAAGUCGUCGCACCACCAGCCGAUGGCGCGAACGCGGAGGGUUCGGCGAAGGACGCUUCUUCCCUUAAGAGGGAGGACAACGUGGUGGAGUCCGACGCGACAGAGGCAAAUGGGAAAGGCGGCACUGUUGCGGAGGGAGCGGUGGAGGAAGCGGUGGAGGAAGCGAAGGAUGCAGUGGGAGGGAGUAGUUCCUCCACUCCUGCAGGAAAGAGCAAAGGCAUCGAGGGUGGCAGUAACGAUAAAGGUGUAGUGAAAGGCUCAGCCGACGUGCCCAGCAGCCUUAAGAUCGCCUUCGAAGAGGACAACAAAAACUUCCUGCUGAACUUGAAUAACAAACGAAACGUAAUCAUCGUAAGGGACAUCAGUUCGCACUACAUCAAUACGGUAAAAAGCAUCGUGUUGAGCAGCCCCAACAUCCAGCCGACGGACGUCCUGAGUGUGAGGAACGACGUGAACAACACCAUCUUCAUCACCCUAAGGAAUGAGAAGAAGACCGAGGCUCUUGCGAAAUAUUUGAAGACCAAAUCUGUAAAUGAUAAAAAGUUAAACGUUCGAAUUAAGACCACCCAGAGGAUACAGAACAUUAUAGAGAAUAACAUUUUCAAGUCGGUGGGCACCGUGAUGGGCAGCAGCAACAAUGUGAGUGGCAGCAGUCAGGUGAACACCCUCACUGGUGCCGCUGCCGCGAACGGUACUGCUUCUGGUGCUGCCGGUACUACUUCUGGCACAGCUAGCGGGGGCAGUGGCGCGAACGCGUCUGCCAUGGGGACGAGCGGAAGAGGUGUCAUCAACGGGGUGAGUGGUGCCGCUAUGAAUGGCGGAAGCACACAUGGCGGUAGUGCCGCAGGUACGGGCGUUGGUAGUGGGUCCAUCUCGUCUGGAGUAAUUGGCUCUCUAAAUUCGUCCACCCCGAAUGGUGUGCCGCCCAUGGCUUCUUCCUCCUCCACCGUGGCCGGGGGUUCGAGCACCACCAACAACGCAGCGACGGCGACGUCCAACGGGAGCAUCACAGGAACGGCAAGUGGUAGCCAUUUAAAUAUGAUGGCUGGUUCAGGCAUGCCCAUGGGGCCCAAGCAGUAUAUGAAUUUUCACAACAUGUAUUAUCUGCCCAACGCGAUGAAUGGCUAUGACAGCAGCCUCUAUGGGCACGGCAACUCAGCCAGCAAUGCUGCCUCGAACUACGACGCCUAUUUGAAUUAUUAUAAUUAUGGCAUGAGCAACGCAGGGUAUAACAUGUACCAGAAUGUCACUUCGUGUGAUUCCUUCGGGGGGGGUUACAACAUGUAUUCGAAUGCAUAUGGUCAGGUGAACGAUAUGAAGAGCAAGCACAGUUAUAAUAACAACAAAGGGGGGAAAUUCUUCAGGGGAGGAGGUGACGGUAACAAUAUGGGAAGAGUCAGCGACAAUAAUUUUAACAUUGCCUCUAUGCCUGGCUCGCUAAAUGCGGGAGCCUCCCAGGGAGCUGCGGGCGGAGCGGCUAACAACCCGUCCGGCUACUACGCCAAUGCGUACGGUAAUUACGGCAACGUGUUUAGUAACAUGUACAGCCACAUGUACGGCAGCAACAUGCACGGGGGUAACCAGCACGGUGGCAAUCAGCACGGUGGCAAUCAGCACGGUAACACCCCCCAUAGUAACACCCCCCAUAGUAACACCCCCCAUAGUAACACCCCCCAUAGUAACAAUCAGCACAACGGUGCUUUUCAUGAGGGGGGAGUCAACGGCAAGGGUGACAAGUACCUGGAUGAUGUGAGGAAGUUCCAUCACAUGGAGGGACCGAAUGAGAAGGGGGGAAUGGCCACUAGUGGUUUGGCUACAUCACACCAUCACAACCGAAUGAACAAAGGAGGGAAGGAUGCCGAUAGUGGAAAAGGCUCGAUGGGCGCGGCGGUCACGGGCAGCAACGCCAAUAGUAAGAACAACCGGGGCGGCGCCAACGAAAACGGAGGCAGCGGAGGGAAGAACAACCGAAGCAGGAGCAGCAGCAACUGCAACAGCAGCGCGUACAACGGAAAUAAUAACAAUAAUAAUAAUAACAGCGGGAACAAUAACGGCCACGGUGCCAGCAGCAACAGCAACGGGAGUAGUGGCAACAAUAGAAAUGGCACCAAUGGGGGUGGCGGCAACGGCGCGGCGAACACCACCAGUCAUGGGAGCGGUGCAAGCGGCGGGAACGGCGGCGGCAGCAGCGCAAAUGGAGGCAGCACCGGAAGCGGCGGCGGCAGCGGCAACAACUGCAGCAGUAAUAAUAAGAGCGCCAUGAAGACGAACGGCGAGUACAGCAAGAGCGGCAGCAACAAGCUCAGCAAAAAGGACUCCCUCGUGAGGUACGACAGCAACGGUAGUAACAGCGUGCUGGGGAAGGGUGAAAGCAAAGCGCUUGACAAGAAGAGUGGCAAAAAUUAUUACAAUAAAAAAAACGGCGCAAGGAAAAACGGAGAGAAAAAAGGCGAAAAUAAGAAGGAUGCCGCGGUUGCUGCGGUUGCUUCGGCUGCUGCGACUGCUCUUUUUGCAGAUUUGACCAGCAACGAGGUUGCCAAGAUGAAGGACGAGAGGAGGAAGGCCGGUGCGAAGCUGAAAGAGGAUGACAAUUGCAGCGAAGCGGGGAAUCAGGCCGACCAUCCGCAGCAACUGAGGAAGAAGCCGCUCGAGGUGGGCGAAGCCUGCGAAGCGAAUGAAGAGGAGGAGGCGCACCCCCUCGCGCAGAGCGGCUUUGAAAAUGACCCCUGCGAGGAGAAGCACAAUGAGGAGAGCAAUCCUAAUGAAGAGGAAAAUGGAAAAUGCACCGACGUAGAAAAGAGUGAGGAAAGUAACAACCAACAUGAUGAUGUAGUAAACGUGGAGAGGAAGAGUAAGAAGGAUUAUCUUUCAAAAAAUGAGCAACUGGGUAGCAAUGAUGUUAAGGAUCACUCCAAUAGGGUGUCCCCAAGAAUCGGGGCUGCCAAGAAAAGUUUCGCCAACAAAAUUGCCACUAAUAAAGACAAAGGUGCAGUCAACUCGGAUGAGAAGAAGGCCCCAAAGAAUAAAAACAAAGUGGAGGAGGCGACUGUAAAUGGUGGCCUCGUCAACGGAGGCAUGGCCAGCGGAGGCGUCGCUAGUGGAGGCAUCGCGACGAAUGACAACGGGGCCAGUGGCAACACGCAAAAUAGGAAGAAGUACUCCUACGUGGACAUUAUGGAUUCUUGCAAAAAGCUGACCAACGUGGAUGCCCCUCCUGAGUGCAUAGACAAGCUGAUGAAGGAGAACGUCUCCCUUUUUAGGAAGCGCGACGAUCAGUUCUGUUGGAAGUUAAACGUUUUUUAA